AAUCAUUUCGAAGCUAUAAAAUGUGAAGUUUCUCAGCUAGAUAGUUUUGGAUAGCUACGUUCCACAUGACUAAAUCCUUUCAGUAGAGGGUUGGCGACGCAAACGUCGCGUUACCUUGUUUAUUGCUCAUUUUUUAUCUGAUCAUCUAAAACAAUUUUUCACCAAAGCGUAGUGAAUUUCUUGUCCCAUUUUUACAUGUCUUUCAAGAAUCUAUUACAUUUUGCUUAAUACUAUUUUGAGUAAUCGUGAAGCUGUCAAGUGUAUUUCUCUUUUUUUUCUUUGACAUUACUGACAUGGAAUUAAAUCCUUUUAAAAUUCAAGAUAGUUGUCAUGCUAAUGUAUUUUCCACAUUAUGUAGUAAAUUAAAUAAUUACUCAGAAAUAUUCAUAAAAGCAAUGAAAAAUAAAAAGAUUCGUAAUAUAAGUGACGACGAAUUCAAUGCAAUUAAAUCUUUAAAGAAUAAUCAUAACAUUAUUAUUUGUCACGUUGAUAAAGAAGAUGUUAUAGUAGUAUUAGGUAAAAUAGAUUAUAUUAAUAAAAUAAAUGGCAUUCUAAAGCAAAAAAAAAUUUAAAAAUACUAAAGAAGAAACAUUAAUUGAAGAAGAAAAAUUUAUGAAUGCAUAUAUUUUUAAGUUAUAUAAAGAUAAAAUAAUAGAUCAAGAAACAUACUAGAAAAUUUAUUCUACUAGUUCGUCAUAUUCUACCGUGUAUGAUCAAACAAAAAUUCAUAAGCUAAAUUAUCCUGUGAGACCUAUUAUCUCAUCUUUAGGCUCAUAUAAUCAUGAACUUUCUAAAUAUCUUUAUGAUAUUAUUAAAAAUAAUAGACCAUCACAAUCAUUUUCAUAUAUUCGUGAUUCAUUUGAAUGUGUUAAAGUGACUACAGGAAUACCAAAUAGUGUAAAUCAAACGAUGAUCAGUUUUGAUGUAGAUAAUUUAUAUACAAACGUUCCUGUACAUGAAGCUAUUGUAACUACAUUAUAUAUGUUAUUCAAAACAUCUAAAUCACUUGAUGCUGCUUAUACUCGUUUUCAAUUUGGAGAAUUAAUAAAAAUUGCUGUAUGUGAUAUUCCAUUUAGAUUUCAGGAUAAAAUAUAUACACAAAUUGAUGGAGUCGUAAUGGGAUCACCCCUUGGACCUAUCUUUUUACAUUUGUUUAUGUCCAAUUUUGAGCAAAAAAUAAAUAGAUUUUCAACUAAUAAACUGUUAACAUGGAUUAGAUAUGUUGAUGACAUUUUUUACAUUUUUGAUAAGCAGCAAAGUAUUAAGGAAUUUUUAAAAAGAAUUAAUAAAUGGCAUCAUAAUAUUAAAUUUACUAGUGAAAAAGGAUCUGAUGCAUUAAAAGAGAACAAGAAAUUAGUAUAUAAAAUUCCAUGUUCAAAUUGUAAUAAAUGUCAUCUUGGUGAAACUAAUAGAGAGAAAGAAAUUAGAAUGAAAGAACACCAAGCUGAUAUUAAAAAUCAUACGCAAUGCUCCAACGUAGCAAAGCAUGCUAAUGAAAAUAAACAUUCACUUAAUUUUAUAUAA